AUGGAUCUCGUGCUCGAACUUGCAGACACCUAUGCGCUCGACAAGGUGUGGGCCACUGCCCUGCCUGCGCUGCCUCGCGCGUUUGCCAAGGACCCCACGGCGCUAGCCUCGCUCGCGUCGGCGUCAUCCGCAUCCAACUUUUCGCACCUUCUUGGGCUCAAGGACGCCGCAUCGUGGGCAGCAUCCGCAAGCACAUCGGCGUUGUCGCCCUCGAGCUGGUUUGAGAACACGGUGCUCAAGAACGCCGUCGCGUCGGCACUCGGCGGCGAGGCGGUCAACUGGUCGGCGCUCCAGAGCGUCUCGGCGCUGCCACGCGACAAUGUGGUGCGUCAGACCGUAUCGCUGCUCGUCCUGACCUACAUCGGCAUCCUGGUGCUCUACUUUACCUUUGCCGGCCUUUCGUACAAGUACAUCUUCAACAAGGAGAUGGAGAAGCAUCCGCGCUUCCUCAAGAAUCAGGUCAAGCUCGAGAUCCAGGCGUCGAUGCGCGCGUUUCUGCCGCUCGACUUUCUGACCGUCCCCUGGUUCGUCCUCGAGGUGCGAGGGCACAGCAAGCUGUAUAACAGCAUUUCGGACUACGGCUGGGCGUACGCGGUGCUUUCGGUGCCGCUCUUCCUUGUGUUCACCGACUUCCUGAUCUACUGGGUCCACAGGAUCGAGCACCACCCGCGGCUGUACAAGCACGUGCACAAGCCGCACCACAAGUGGCUCGUGCCCACGCCGUUUGCCAGCCACGCCUUCCACCCGCUCGACGGCUAUGCGCAGUCGCUGCCCUACCACAUCUUCCCCUUCGUCUUUCCGCUGCACCGCGUGGUGUCGAUCUGGCUGUUUGUGUUUGUCAACCUGUGGUCGAUCCUUAUCCACGACUCGGACAUGAUCUGCAACUCGCCGCUCGAGAAGAUCAUCAACGGACCCUCGCACCACACGCUCCACCACCUCUUCUUUACGUGCAACUACGGCCAGUACUUUACGGUUUGCGAUCGCAUGGGCGGCUCGUACCGCGCACCGAGGCAGGAGGACGACCCGAUGCUCGCCGUCACUGCCGCGAGCGAAAAGGCGGCUCUCGCACAGAAGAAGGCCGUCGCAAAGGCCGAAGCCGCCGCCCAAGGUCUCUCGGACGACCAGUCCGAUGCCUCGUCCAGCGGCGAUGAGGGCGUCGUGAUCAAGAAGAACAAGUAG